AUGUCAAACUUUACUUAUGACUACAUCAUUAAGUCGUGUCUACUUUUACAAUUUACGGAUAAACGUUUUCAGCCAGCACAUGAUUUGACGAUUGGUGUGGAAUUUGGUGCACGGUUUGUCAAUGUUGAAGGAAAGCAGAUUAAACUUCAAAUCUGGGACACGGCGGGUCAAGAGUCCUUCAGAAGUAUAACGAGAAGCUAUUACCGUGGAGCAGCUGGCGCAUUGCUAGUUUAUGAUAUCACUCGACGCGACACGUUUGAUCAUCUUUUAACUUGGCUAGAAGAUGCACGCCAACACUCAAACUCUAACACAACAAUAAUGUUAAUUGGUAAUAAAAGUGAUCUCGAUUCAAAACGCGCUGUAUCACAUGAGGAAGGUGAAGCAUUCGCCAAACAGCAUGGAUUAUUCUUCAUGGAAACUUCAGCGAAAACUGCAGCAAAUGUCGAAGAAGCAUUUGUUUCGACUGCUAAGGAUAUUUACGAUAAGAUUAAGCAGGGCAUCUUUGAUGUGUCUAAUGAGGCCAAUGGUAUCAAAGUAGGAAUGCAUUUACAACCUGGUGGAAAUAUUAUACCUCAUAAUACUAAUGGGAAUG